AUGGUUCUUGAAGAUCUCAGUGCCGAUGGGUUCGAUAUCGAGGAUCAAGGAGACGAUGAACUUCGUUGCAUCCGGCUGAUCGAUGCGCAUAUCGUGGGCGACUUCGUACAAGACAGCGAUUUCGUACAAGUCGUGCGCCAGGACAUCAUCAGCUGCUACCUCAACGCCUCAGACGUCUCUCGCCAAAAUCUCAUCGAUCGUGUAUACCAUGACACACCUGGUUUCUCGGGUCUUCGAAGGAUGUUUAUCGACCUACAUAUCGCCACGCACAAAAACAUAUUCCACAACACGUUUAAGAUAAAGCGAGAUCUCCCGCGGAACAUCAUUCAGGAGGACAUUCUCUUGAGUAUAUUGGAUAAGACGAAAGCUCGCAAUAACAAACAAGUCUGGGACAUCAUGAGAACUGCUGGUCAUAUCGAACAGGACGACGAAAAUGUUGACGAAGGUGAUGAUACUGGAGACGAGAGCCUGGAGGAUUGA